AUUUGAAUCUAGAUUUUUAAAUUAUUACGGAAAGAAAUGAAAAGUAGGAGUGAAACAAACUAUGGAAAGAUGACUAACAAAUAGAUCAUUCUCCGAAACUUUCAUGAGAAAAUGUCACGGAAAUAUUACAAAGAACAGGAAUCACGCAAAGCCACGUGAUUUCACUGAACGUUUGCCGUUGCCGAGUCUCUGCGAGAAUACUUUCGGAAGAAAAUCUGCGUCGCAUCACUAUCUAAUUAUCGAGAUUUGUCACAGUCUCCGUUAAGUAAGAGAUGGGGAAGUCAAAGAAGUCGAAAGAGUUGAAGAGAUGGCAGAUGAAUCUAAAAGAAGAAGAUACGAUGAAAAACCGGACGGAAAGUGACGAAGUGCCGAUAAAGAAUUUGCCGGAAAAUUUUCUUUGCAUGCGCGUGAAGAACGGUACCAAGAUGAGAAACGUCCUCGACUAUGCGUUGAAAAAAUUCCCUCAUCACGAGAGCGUCGUCUGGACCGGGAUCGGACACUGCAUAGAAAAAGUCAUUUCUUGCGCGGAACUUUUCAAGAGAAAACACGAAGGCCUUCAUCAAAUUACGAAGUUGCGUUACAUCAAGACGAAAAGAUCGGAGGAAAAUAUAGAAGAACAGGAGAUUCAAUUACCGGAAAUUCAUAUCUUAUUGACCAGGGAUAUUAAGGAUACCACUGAGCUUGGAUAUCAAGCACCUGGAGAUUACGAAGAAUUUCCGGAAAAGGAAGACGCAGUGGAGCCGAAAACGAGCACGAGAACAGAAAACGCUAGCAAUGCGACUUGCAUUGACACUAAGGAAUUCGCUACGAUGGGACUAAGAAUCGGACAGAAGAGGAAAAACAGGCACAAUAAAACGGCAUCAUCCUUCAAGAAAAAUAAAACAAGCAAGUCUUGAUAAUUAUCAGUACAAAUUAAUAUUUAGAUACAUAAUAAUUUAAAUAUAAAAUUAUAGAUUUACAGAUGUGUGUGAUAUAUAAUCAAACCAUCAAAAAAUCUAUCGAUAAAACUUGAUACGGCAAAUUGAUACAGCAUUUCAUAAUUGAAAUAUCUUUUUUUCUUAAUUUAACUCUAUAUUUUCUAUUACGUUUUACUUCUUUUCUACAGAGUUCGAGUAUUCUUCUCUAAUAUUUUAAAUAUAAAAAGGAUGCAACAAAAUGCAGCUAAAAAUGACAACUACAGACUUAUAAUUUUUAGAUAUUAUUUCAUUAAUAACAGACAGGUGGAAAUGACAAGCAUCGGCGAAUUAUAUGUAGAAAGUUUAUUUUUCAUUAAUACAGACAAUUUUCACGGAAA